GGACAAGGUGGAGGAUGGGCGGCAGGAGGAGGGGCUGGUGUGUCUCCACCCGCCCCGUCCUGUCCGUCCAGCCUGGGCGCUGAGAGAACCGCUCUUCUAGCCGCCGCCACACCGGCAGCCGGUCCUGGGGUCCUGCGCCUGGCACCGUGUGGAGUCAUGACCCUGCGCCCGCCACGACUCCCGCUCUGUCUGCUGCCGCUGCUGCUGCUGCUCAGCGGGGCGGCGUCCCAGGCUGACACGGGGUUCGAAACCGAAAGUCCUGUCCGAGCCCUCCAAGUGGAGACCCUGGUGGAGCCCCCCGAACCGUGUGCGGAGUCUGCUGCCUUUGGAGACACGCUUCACAUACACUACACGGGCAGCUUGGUAGAUGGACGUGUUAUUGACACUUCCCUGGCCAGAGACCCUCUGGUUAUAGAACUCGGCCAAAAGCAGGUGAUCCCAGGUCUGGAGCAGAGCCUUCUAGACAUGUGUGUAGGAGAGAAGCGAAGGGCAAUCAUUCCUUCUCACUUGGCCUAUGGAAAACGGGGAUUUCCACCAUCUAUCCCAGCGGAUGCAGUGCUGCAGUUUGACGUGGAGCUGAUUGCACUGAUCCGAGCCAACUACUGGCAAAAGCUGAUGAAGGGCACUUUGCCUCUGGUGGGCAUGGCCAUGGUGCCAGCCCUCCUGAGCCUCAUUGGGUAUCACCUAUACAGAAAGGCCAGCAGACCUAAAGUCUCCAAAAAGAAGCUCAAGGAAGAGAAACGAAACAAGAGCAAAAAGAAAUAAUAAAUAAUAAUUUUUAAAACUUC